AACGUCAGCAUGGCGGUGCUCCUUGAAACGACGCUGGGCGAUAUUGUAAUCGAUUUGUUUACAGACGAAAGGCCUAAAACUUGCCUAAACUUUCUGAAAUUAUGCAAGAUAAAAUACUACAACUACUGCCUCAUCCACAAUGUGCAGAGAGACUUCAUCAUGCAGAUGGGAGAUCCCACUGGAACAGGCCGUGGUGGAGAAUCAGUCUACAGCAAACUCUACGGGGACCAGGCCCGCUUUUUUGAUAUAGAGAAAGUACCGCGUAUCAAACACAAGAAGAAGGGGACAGUAUCUAUGGUGAACAAUGGAAAUGAUCAACAUGGUUCUCAGUUCCUUAUUACAGCAGGGGAAAACCUGGACUAUCUGGAUGGAGUUCAUACUGUGUUUGGGGAAGUGACAGAAGGCAUGGACAUCUUGACCAAAAUCAAUGAGACCUUUGUUGACAAGGAUUUUGUCCCAUUCCAGGAUAUUAGGAUAAACCACACAGUGAUACUGGACGACCCAUUUGAUGACCCUCCUGACCUGCCAGUUCCUGAUCGAUCACCUGAGCCCACCAAAGAGCAGCUAGAUAGUGGCCGUAUUGGAGCAGAUGAAGUAAUCGAUGACACAGAUGGGAAAGGAGCCGAGGAACUGGAGGAGAGGCUGAAGGAGAAAGAAGCCAAGACUCAGGCCAUCCUGCUGGAGAUGGUGGGCGACCUCCCCGACGCAGACGUGAGGCCUCCAGAGAACGUGCUGUUUGUGUGCAAACUGAACCCAGUGACCACAGAUGAAGACCUGGAAAUCAUCUUUUCCCGCUUUGGGUCCAUAAAAAGCUGUGAGAUCAUCAGAGACUGGAAAACUGGGGAUUCCCUCUGUUACGCUUUUAUCGAGUUUGAAAAGCAAGAAGAAUGUGAGAAGGCCUACUUCAAAAUGGACAAUGUGCUCAUUGAUGAUCGACGCAUACACGUAGAUUUCAGCCAGUCAGUUGCGAAGAUCAAAUGGAAAGGGAAAGGUGGGAAAUACACUAAAGACGACUUCAAAGCCUACGAGAAGGACGUGGAGAACCGAUCCAAGCUGGCUCUCAAGGAUCAAAUGAAGCCCAAACAAGACUCCAAGUACGACCUGCUAAUGGAGGAGGAAGAGGAGGCGACGAGUCACCGGCACGCUGAGAAGAAACACAAGGAGAAGAAGCAUCACCAUCAUUCAGAUGACGAGAACAGCAGGAAGUCCAAGAAGCACAAGGAGAGCGAGGAGAGCAGGCGUGACAGGAAAACCGGCCGCCAGCGCUCUCGCUCGCGAUCCCGAUCCAGAGACCGAGACCACAAACACAGCAAGUCCCGGGUCAAACACGGGAAAGAAGGUCGAGACAAAGGCCACAGAGACCGAAGUCGCAGCCGCUCGCCCAAGAAGUCCAAGGAUAAAGACAGGAGUAGAUACAGAUGAGGGAGGAUGCAAAAGAAAGAUGCUUCACCUUAAUCUUAUUAAAUGUCUUUGUGGCACAGCUGUACUUAGCAUGACGUGAUGUUCAUCAACCUAAACUUCCCUUAAAAUCACCUUCUUUGACUGUCAAUAGAAAGUCCUUGUCACAUUGUCUACAUGAACAAAGUUGAAUUAAAAGAAAUGCCUUUUUUAUAUAAACAUUAAAAAACAUCCGCCAUAAUGUGGUCGUAUCAGUUAA